AUGUCCACACCGUCUAUUCCAACGGCUGGGGCAUCAGUUGUGAUGGAAUCCAUUUACCCAGCCGCCUCUGGUUUGGUCCUCUCUGGCUUGAAACCGUCUUCCCCUCCAACCUCUAUUGACGCUGAAAAUGUCUGGAAGAGUAUGGUUUCCACACAAUCGACAUUUGGUUUUGUUUUACAGUCAUUUUUGGGAGUGAGCGACAUUUUGUUUGAUAUCUUUGUGACGUUUUACUUGCUCACUACUGUGACAGCUUUGGUCGGAGGACCCUGA